AUGGUUAGAGUAAGAGAGCCACUAGUAGUUGGUAGAGUGAUAGGGGAUGUAUUGGAUCAUUUCACAAAAUCAGUUGAACUUAAAGUAAGUUACAUUAGGGACCAAGAAGUUUACAUCGGUUGUCAACUUAAACCUUCUCAAGUCAUUAACCAACCUAGGGUUAAUGUCGGUGGCAAUGAUCUACGUACAUUUUACACUCUUGUUAUGGUGGACCCCGAUGCUCCGAGUCCAAGCAAUCCACAUUUAAAAGAGUACUUACAUUGGUUGGUCACUGAUAUUCCAGCUACUACAGGUCCAAGUUUUGGUCAAGAAAUUGUAUGCUAUGAGAGUCCAAGGCCAACAAUGGGAAUACAUAGAUAUGUCAUUGUAUUAUUCCAACAAUUGGGUAGACAAACAGUAUAUGCACCAACUGGAUCAGUUUGGCGUCAAAAUUUCAACACAAGAAAUUUUGCAGAAAUUUAUAAUCUUGGUUUACCUGUUGCUGCUGUCUAUUUUAAUUGCCAAAGAGAAAGUGGAAGUGGUGGAAGAAGAUUUAUUUUAUGUUGAAUAAGAGCAGAACCACAAGCGUUUA